AUGGACGUCAGUGCUUACUGCCCUGGUGGCUUCGCCAUUGCUAUAUUCCAACUAGAUUUGCAAGGCAAUUCUCUAAUUACAUGA